AUGAAGCUGAGCCCUCCACCACACUGGCCCCUGUCCUGCUUCCUCGUGCUGCUGCCCUGGCCUCUGGCUAUGCCAACGUCAACGCCCCUGUGGCAGUGCCCCCCCGGGGAGGAGCCCGAGCUGGAGCCGGGCCAGGGCACACUCUGCAGGUCCUGCCCCCCGGGCACCUUCUCAGCCGCGUGGGGCUCUAGCCCCUGCCAGUCCCACUCCCGCUGCAGCCUUCGAGGCAGGCUGGAGGCCCGGGCGGGCACAGUGACUCAAGACACACUGUGUGGAGGCUGCCAGCCUGGGUGGUUUGCCCCUUCGGAGCUGCCCCGGGUCCCCUGUCAGCCGUGCUCCGGGGCAGCGCUGGGUCCUCGCGGGUGCUAUGGGCGGAGAAGGCGGACCCGGCGUGGCGCGGAGGGAACCGCGGGGGCCAGAGGCGCCGGGGAGGCCCGGCCGCCCGGGAACGGCACGCGGGCGGGCGGCCCUGAGGAGACGGCGGCCCCGUACGCGGUCAUCGCCAUCGUGCCCGUCUUCUGCCUCAUGGGGCUGCUGGGCAUCCUGGUGUGCAACCUGCUCAAGCGGAAGGGCUACCACUGCACGGCCAACAAGGAGGUCGGGCCCGGCGGCGGCGGCGGCGGCGGGAACAACCCCGCCUACGGGGCUGAGGAUGCCAAUGAGGACACCAUCGGGGUCCUGGUGCGCCUGAUCACGGAGAAGAAAGAGAACGCGGCGGCCCUGGAGGAGCUGCUGAAGGAGUACCACAGCAAGCAGCUGGUGCAGACCAGCCACAAACCUGUGCCCAGGCUGCCGCCCAGGCCCCCCAGCGUGCCGUACAUCUGUCCCCAUCACCACCACCUCCACACCGUGCAGGGCCUGGCCUCGCUCUCCGGCCUCUGCUGUUCCCGCUGUAACCAGAAGUGGCCCGAGGUGCUGCUGUCCCCCGAGGCUGCGGCUGCCACUGCUCCCGCAUCCAGGCUCCUGCCCAACCCGGCCAGGGCUCCCAAGGCCGGGGCCAAGGCCGGACGCCAGGGCGAGAUCACCAUCUUGUCUGUGGGCAGGUUCCGUGUGGCCCGAAUUCCUGAGCAGCGGACAAAUUCCUGGGCCUCCGAGGUGAAGACCAUCACGGAGGUCGGGCCCUCCGUGGGCGACUUCGCUGACUCCCCACAACCUGGCCUCCCCACUGAGCAGCGGGCACUGCUGGGAAGCAGUGGGAGCCAUGCUAAGUGGCCAAAGCCUCCGGCAGAGAAGAAGGCCGAGGAGAGCCGCUAUGUGGUCCGGCUAAGCGAGAGCAACCUGGUCAUCUGA